AAGGGAACAGUGUUCCGUGACCGCUACCCGGGUGGUGCCUGGGGCGUGAGCAGGUAGGAGGCUGAGACCUAUCUCCGUGUCUUGGAACGGACCGCGAAUCGCCGCAUACUGGGAGAGUGUGACAGUCAGUCAAGGUCACCGCUCCCCGGGCAGCUUGGGGCGGGACUGGGCCCGCAGGACCCGCCCUGCUCUCCGGGUCCCCGGUCCCGCUCGGUCUAUAGGGUCCCAGGAUGGCUACAGCAUGGAUGGACCCCGUGCAGGUGUCUGUGACCUUCGAUGAUGUAGCCGUGACUUUCACCCAGGAGGAGUGGGGGCAGCUGGACCCAGCUCAGCGAACUCUGUACCAGGAGGUGAUGCUGGAAAACUGUGGACUCUUGAUGUCUCUGGGUUGUCCUAUUCCUAGACGUGAUCUGAUCUACCAGUUAGAGCACCGGCAGGCACCGUGGACAGUGAGCAAAGACCUCUUCCAAAGACCCUGUCCAGAUAACAAAGGAAAACCCAAGACUCCAGAGCCUACCUCUUGUGAGCCAGUCUUGUCUGAGGAAGUCUCACUCUGGGGACAACUAACAGAAGGAGCCUCAGAGAAUGUCCAUUUGGGGCAAGCCAAGGAUCAGAAUGGGUCAUGUGAAAUGCAAGAAAGACACUCAAGACUAGAGAUAGAUUCCCAGGAGAAGGUUUCUGGGAAAAUGAACUCUGAACAUGAUAGUUUAGGGAAAGCUGAUGGUAUGUGUUCAAGGAUGGUACAGGAACAAGUCUCUUUAGGAGAUGAUGUUUUUGACUGUGAUUCACAUGGAUCAGGUAAAGAUCCUAUGUUUCAGGAAGAGGAAAGUAUCUUUAAAUGCAAUGAAUGUGGAAAAGUGUUUAACAAGAAACGCCUUCUUGCUCGACAUGAGAGAAUUCACUCUGGAGUGAAGCCCUAUGAAUGCACAGAAUGUGGAAAAACCUUUAGCAAGAGCACGUACCUCCUUCAGCACCACAUGGUCCACACUGGGGAGAAGCCCUACAAAUGCAUGGAGUGUGGAAAGGCCUUCAACCGCAAGUCUCACCUUACACAGCACCAACGGAUUCACAGUGGAGAGAAGCCUUAUAAGUGCAACGAAUGUGGAAAGGCCUUCACGCACCGAUCCACUUUUGUCUUGCAUAACAGAAGCCACACUGGAGAAAAACCCUUUGUGUGCAAAGAGUGUGGCAAAGCCUUUCGAGAUAGACCAGGUUUCAUUCGACACUAUAUCAUCCACAGUGGUGAGAAUCCCUAUGAAUGCUUUGAGUGUGGCAAGGUCUUCAAACAUAGAUCAUAUCUCAUGUGGCACCAGCAGACUCACACUGGAGAGAAGCCCUAUGAGUGCAGUGAAUGUGGGAAAGCCUUUUGUGAGAGCGCAGCCCUGAUUCAUCACUAUGUUAUCCACACUGGGGAGAAGCCCUUUGAAUGCCUGGAGUGUGGGAAGGCCUUCAACCACAGGUCAUACCUCAAGAGACACCAGCGUAUUCAUACUGGGGAGAAGCCUUAUGUGUGUGGUGAAUGUGGAAAGGCCUUUACCCACUGCUCUACUUUUAUCCUUCAUAAAAGGGCCCACACUGGAGAAAAACCUUUUGAGUGCAAAGAAUGUGGGAAAGCCUUUAGCAAUAGAGCAGAUCUCAUUCGCCACUUCAGCAUCCACACUGGAGAGAAGCCCUAUGAGUGCAUGGAGUGUGGAAAGGCCUUCAACCGCAGGUCAGGGCUCACAAGGCACCAGCGGAUUCAUAGUGGAGAGAAGCCUUAUGAAUGCAUUGAGUGUGGGAAAACCUUUUGCUGGAGCACAAACCUCAUUCGACACUCCAUCAUCCACACCGGGGAGAAGCCGUAUGAAUGCAGUGAAUGUGGAAAGGCCUUCAGUCGCAGUUCAUCCCUCACUCAGCAUCAAAGGAUGCAUAAUGGUAGAAACCCUAUCAGCGUAACAGAUGUGGCAAGACCUUUUACAAGUGGGCAGACUUCAGUCAACAUUCAAGAACUUUUAUUGGGGAAAAGCUUUUUGAAUGUAACCACUGAGAAAAAUCUUUUGCAGGAAGAAACAUCUUACAUAGCAUCUGAUCUUGCAUACCAAAGAGAAACCCCAGAAGUGUCUUCACUGUGAGAAAACUUGUUGCAGAAUAUCACCUGUCACCUAAAGAGUCAUGUUAGAAAUUCACUCAGUACAGAGCCUUAUUCUCCAUCCGAGAGUUUGCCCAGGCAAAGAUCUAGUGGUUGUUUAUGCACUUAGGAAAAUCUUUACCUACACCUUCUUCCUUAAUUUACAGUGUAGUGUUAUCUCAGGAACUAUUAUAAAAAGGAGGUGGCAGAAAAGAAAAAGAAAUACAAGCACUGCUUCUUUCAUAUUACUCUUGUAUAUACAUUCAUUGCCAUCCAGUGUCAGUAAAGUUAGACAGUUAAGGGCAAGUCUGGAAUCUUACUGAAUGUCUUCUUUAUUCUACAUUAUCUCUAUCCUUGAGGAACUUACAUUUUUUUUUUAAAGUUUAAAGGCUUGAGUUCUGAAAUACUUUUAUAUUUAGAGAGAUAGGGAAACACAUACAAAUUAGCACAUUUUAUUACACCACUUAAGACUAUUUAGCCUUUGCUUAAAAAAAACUAAAAAUGUGGUUCUUAAUACCUAACACUCAAAGUU